UGUGCAUCGUCGCUUUGCUUAGUCUGAAUGUUAGCAAUUCCAAGUCUCAGUAAUGUUGAAUUGUUAUUUUGAAAUCUAUUAACAUGAUGUUAUUUACAUCCUUAUUAUUCACCAUUCAUAUUAUUAGUUCAACAAUGGAAAGUCUGCAAUGCCCCUAUAGAUGCGAUUCGAAGGAAAAAUGGAACCCAACCGAACUUUGUGUUAAAAUGGAACCGUUGGAAGGACCAAUAACUUAUAUUCCAAUGCUUGCAUGCGCGAUGAUGGAUUUCCAAUGUCAAGUAGGGGAAAAAGCUAAAUUGUCAAGUGUUGAAAAGUCAAAGUGUACCGCUCGAAUGAGAGUGAAAAGAGAGGCUCCCGUUGCAAACAAUGUCGAAGAAGAUUACCAAGUUACAGAAAGCAUGACAAUUCCAAAAGAAGAGUGCCCCGACGAAUGUCCUAAAACCAGCGGUAUGGUGUGCGCGCGAUGCGACCACGGCGUCUACCGUUCCUUCCUCAGUGACUGCCACGUACGGAUGUACCAGUGUCGGCAUCCAGCUGAUAGACUAGAGUUGGUCUCGCGACAUUCGUGCUACGGUUCAGCACCGUACAUAAUGGAUGGAAAUCGAACCCAGGACGAGGACGUUCACAAGGGGGGCAAUGGUAUACAAUAA